AUGCCUGAUUCGUCCUCUUCUAGUCUUUCCAUCCGACCAGCUAAUGACCUAGCUGUAAAUUCUGACAAACUUUGGCCUAUGUCUCUGGUCUCUGGAAGCAAACGGAUACCCAGCCCUCGAUCCAAGCUGCUUAAUAUCACUGCUCCCAUCGACAUUUCUGGCACUCCGUCAUCUGUGUCCGAAGUUCUUGUUGGCCCCUCUUUGUUUUCAUCUGUCCAGCUUGAGGGCAAGGCUUCACAGGAGUUUGGUGACAGAGGCGGAUUCACGAGACCUGGGGCUGAUCUUGCAUGGCUAGAUGCAAAUCUAUGCCGAAUGCCAGCAUCUCCCUGUCUGCCUGGGAGGACAAUCGUUUUUCCCGGCAGUUGUUUGGAUGAUCCCAUUCCUAUUGGAAGCGGUGGCGAGGAUCCUCCCGAAGGUGCUCUCUGUGACCUAUUUCUGCGACUCCUUAAUUUGCCCGACCCAGACGAACCUACCUGUCGUCUGUGCGCUCCAAUAUUAUAUCUGCCUUCUGCUGAAUGGUAA